AUGGCCGACACUGCUGAAUAUAUUCAACUAGACGAAGAGGAUGAUAACGAUCCUGACAAGAUUAUGUGUGAAAUCCCAGUUUAUCUUUCUCAGAAACUCACAAAUAAACUCUUUAUAGUCCAACAUCCUGUUCGACCACGCGCAAACCCAUACACUGGUAAAAAUACACCGCGAGAAGCGCGUUUCAAGCCUCAUUCGCAAAAGCUCGAACUUGAUAUCCCACUACAAACUACGUCUCAAUGGUAUGAUCAGGAUAGAGGUGCAGAAUUAGCAUUGGGACUUAAUGAUAAAGAAGCUCGAACCAUUUACGAUCGUACAUGGAAACUUGAUCAAUAUGAUGGAUUAUUAGAUAAACAAACAUUACAGUCUACUAUUGUUCCACCACAAGCUACUUAUUGGAUGGGAGCAAUGAAGAAUAGUGCCCUUCACUUAACGCCCGUUCAUGCAACGCUACAAUUACGCCCAGGAUUGAAAUAUCAUGACAAAAUUGAUGAAAAAAAUAGGAAUGCCAAUAAGAAAGCUCAAGUUCUUGAAGAAGAAGAUAGCAUUAAUGAAUUAAAAAGCUCCAGAAUGGCGUCUGAUGAUCAAAAUAUUGUUUCCAAUAAAGGCAAAGGGCCUGGAAAGGGAAAAGUUCCUAUGAAUGCUAUUACAGAUAAAAGCACUGAUAAAUCAUUGCUUAAAAAAAACUCUCGUCCGAAAUUACACCGAUUAGGAGAGGAAGAAUCAUGGAUUAAAAUGAGAUAUUAUGAUGCUGAAUCCAUAGAGACAGAUGAAAUAUUCAAUCAGAUUCGCACGAUACAGACUGAUCCUUUGGUGUGUACGACAACUAAUUUAAACGAUUAUCUUGACAAAAUAAGCGCUUCUCCAACAACAGUCAUUGAUGAUCCAAUGGUUAUUGAUGAAACUAUUGCUCGGCCACUCAAUAAACUUCUUUCUACUAAUUUGAGAGCUGAUUCUGUAUCUAAACCUACUGAGCCUUCACCCGCUAAGCCUCAACCCAAUCCCACUGCGAGGUCAACUCCAAGUAGUUCUAAGAGUUUGAGCUCAAAAGGAACAGGAGUUAGCCCUUCAAGGGGAGUUAGUCCUUCAAGGGGAGCUAGAGGAUCACGGGGAACAGGAAUAAGAGGAAAACGGGGUAGUGCUUGGCCCCGGAUACCAAAUCGAGUAUCUGGAUAG